AUGGCUAUCAUUUACAUUACUUUAGGUGGUGAAAAUAUUUCUGGUCACCCUAUAAAUGCUCUAAUGAUCCAAGGAAGACAGUUACAUGCUCAAUGGCUUGCUGAAGCAAGGUACAGCAUUGACCUACAGGGAGCUGUAAGCGAAUAUACAGAGCGUUAUAGCUUGUUGCCUCCACCGUCGUCACUAAUUAUUGAUAACUUCGAUCAAAUACAUCAAGAUCUCCUACCAUUCCGUACUCUUGCACCCAGUACAUUGAGGCAUCUUACUAACUCUAUGGCAAGUAGCCAGUGGAAUGACAUAGCCACUGUUGUGGUACGCAAUGGUGUUGCUGAGGCCCAGCCGGGGAUAAUACCCACACACAGAUGGAUGAUAGAAGGAAUCGUCCAGAUGAUUACUCCCUUUGCGCAAUACCUACCUGAUAUGGACAUUGCAUUUAAUUUGAAUGAUGAAUGCCGCGUUUCAGUUCCGUGGGACACUAUUCAAGAAAUCAAUCAUACAGCAAGAAAAAACCUCUCUUCUAGAGAUUAUCCCAUGAGCCAUGUUUGGUCUAAAGAUCGAUCACUGUCCUGGGCCCUCAGCCGCUCUAAUGACCAGUUGGUGCAUUCCCAUUUCACAGAUAUGUCUAGAAAAGAUACGUUUCAUACCAUUGUGAGCGAGUCAUGUCCGCCAAGCUCAGCUGCUCGAACACAGUAUCAAUGGAAGCAUGAUACGCUAUGUUCGGAUUGUGCUGAACUACACUCCAUGGGUCAAUUCUUGCAAGACUGGACACUAUCUGGCGACAUCUGCCACCAGCCUGAUUUGGCAGAUUUACACGGAUUCUUCAUAGCGCCGAGCGCAUUCAAAGUAUCUCGAAAGCUACUCCCGGUAUUUAGCCAAAGCAAAGUGUACGGAUUUAACGACAUAUUAUACCCAAGUGCGUGGAACUAUAUGGAAAAAGCGAGAUAUAAUCCUUCAGACGAGAAUCCUGAUCCAUGCUACGAAGACAAGGAAAACACUAUAUUCUGGAGGGGAACAACGUCAGAAGGCUUCAGCGAAGCAGGGGAAUGGCAAGGAAUGGCUCGCCAGCGACUUUUACAUCUGGCCAAUAAUAACACUAACCCUGUCUCUGUACUACUUCCACGGCGAACUGAGGGCAUAUAUUCAUACUACACCUUUCCCCCCUCGGAAAUCUCCCAAUCCAUCGGUGCGAAUGUGUCAAUCGGUAUUGCCGAGGACGUAGCUCGAUGUGGUGGAAAGGAUUGCAGUAUUCAAAGACGUGAGCUGGGAAUUACCAACAGAGUGCAGUUCGAUGAGCAUUGGAGACACCGUUUUCUAUUUGACCUGGACGGUGCCGGCUUUAGCGGCCGCUUUCUACCUUUCCUACAGAGCAACAGUCUCCCCUUCAGAACUGCAAUUUUCCGACAAUGGUUUGACACAAGGAUAAUGCCAUGGCUUCACUUUGUGCCGCAAGACAUUAGGUUUCAUGACUUCUGGAGCACAUUGGGGUAUUUCGCUGGAGUGAGAACGGUGGAUGAAGCUGGAAAAGUCACUAAGGUUCUGAUGAAGCCUCAUCAUCGAGAAGGCAGGAUUAUUGCAAGGGAAGGUAGGAAAUGGGCUGAAGAAUCGCUUAGAAAGGAGGAUAUGGAGAUAUAUCUCUUCCGAUUAUUGCUGGAAUGGGGUCGGCUGACUGAUGAUCGGAGGGACGAACUUGGGUUUACUGGGUGA